UAGAAAAUUACGUUGUGUACUAAACAAUUGACUGAUACAAUCGCCAGACUUAAAUUGGGCUCAUUUCGAUUCAGUCAGUUCGAGUUUCUAGAAUGCAUCAUCUGAAAAUGGAAUUGACCAUAUUUGCAGUUAUUAUUUCUACUUUUAUCAACUUUCCUCUAUGCAACACCCAAACAUGUCGAUGUAAUGAUCCUCCUCCAUGUCCUGAUCCUCCUGUAUGUCCUGAUCCUCCUGCAUGUCCUGAUCCUCCUUCAUGUAAUCCUUCUCCACCUGAUUGUGAGCCAACACCGAGUCGAUGCAAGAGAGAAGUCGAACCUACCUUAUUUCCUUAUCCUGGUACUUGGUAUAAGGACUCAGAAAGUGGAAAAUUCUACUAUCACUUAGGAAAUACAGUUUACGUUGAAAGAUCUGAUAAAUACUAUACGAUAUGGGUGACAUCUGGAGAUGGCGCUGAUUGGGCACAAAAUGAUAAUUAUGUAUGGAAGUGGGAUGAAAAUGGCAGAUGGUAUCCCCACAAAGAGGAUGAAGACGAUGCCUCCAAUAAUUGUAGCAAAUUCAGAAUACCCAUUGAGUGUGUUGGUCCUCAUUGUCCGAAGCAGAUUCAAUUUCCUUCGGAUGGAAAAUGGUGGUACCUUUACGAUGGAAGAAACUUAUUUGAGCAGUCCCAUGGAGACAUCAAAUACGAACUGCAGAGCCACGGAAUGUAUUAUAAAUUCAAAGGGAACGUUCAAGUAUGUCCCGAUAAUUGGCUUUGGAAUGUUACAGAUGGCCAAUGGUUCGCAGCCCAAGACACAAAGAAAGCUUGUGUAAUGAAUGAACCCCAAGAAAAUAAUGAAGUAAUACAAGGACGAGGACGCGCCUUUGAACCCCCUAGGAAAGUAUUUGGUCUUUGAAGAAUUAUCAUCAAAUAAUAUGUGAAGUGAUUUUACAAUUAACCCCUAAUUUGAUGUGACUAAAAUUUAAAAUAAAUGCUGAGAAUAUA